CGCUCAAAUGUUCCAGCACCUAGCAGCGAUUGAGCCUGACGUUGAAGUGAGGACCAAAAAAUGCGAAUUGGUCUGGCCCGUCCCUCGUGAAUCAGGUCGGAACAGACGCAGAAUCGCUCAGCCACUACAUCAUUCUCAUUCUCGCCAUGGCUUCGUGCAGCAGCGUCGCGCCCACUAGCGGCAGCAGCACCAGCAGCACCAGCUCGGCGCUAGCCAUGCAGCCGACUGCCGGUGUCCUAAGCGUGGAUGUCCUGGGUGCACGCAACCUGCCUCCCGCCGUGUUGGGCAGCUUGCUCAAAUGGACACCAAGCUACUCGAACCCGUACGUGGUGCUAUCGUUGGAUCGCGAGCGCUUCGUGUCCAGCGUCAAGCAUCGCGACCUCAAUCCAAGUUGGAAGGAAACUGGAAGACUUAAUGUCCCUCUACCGUCCGAGACUGAAGUGCUACAGACCGUCGGCGUUCCAGGCGGUCGAACUGCCGAUGCAGGAGAUAAAAUAAGUGGCAAAGCGAAGUCCAAAGGCGGCAAACUAGCCACCAAAAAGACCGGAGCAGCCACCGCAGCGGCCGAGGCUGCCUUAGGCUAUCGUCAGUACUACCCGUGCGCUCCGGAGCUCUACAUACAGGUUUUUCAUCGCGCCGAGGAGGCGAAAGAUACGACACAACCUUCCAACUCGUCGAACAUACCGAACGUUUCGGCGUUAGGACCUGACGAUAAACUCAUUGGUGCUGUGGUAGUGCCUUUGCUGCCUUGUCUAAUGUCCAGUGCCUCAAGUUCUCGUGGAUGGUAUCAAUUGACAGACGAGGAAUCGCAAAGUGCGGGACAAUUGCAACUUUCUCUGGAUUUUGACGUCUCCGCAGCGUCAAAUGGGCUGGAACCGCAGAAAGGGGACAUUAUCCGCCUCACAGGCUUCGGAGGACUUGAAUAUUACUCGAAAAUCCUACCGCCUGGUGCGAGAUUGGAGGUGUUAGACAUUUUCCAGGACCAGGUGUUCGCUCAAACACACAGUCUAGAAGGAUGGCCGCUGAGCUUUGAGCUGCACCGCAAUUUGGUGCAUGUGGAGCGUCGUCCUUCACUCCUACAUGACGCAUCGGAGCAGCUACACAACCAAGUGACAAGAGUUCGCCAGUUCCGAGUGGUCACCGGUGCCCAGCGGGUGUGGCGCGCUCUGCCGGACACGCCACGGAUUCAAUUCGAGAACUCUGCGGCGUUUGCAGCGUUCUUUGGCGCUCAGGCGUACUCGACUAUGAUGCGUAGUAUUCAUGACUUACUACGUUCCGGUGUAUACUCGGGUGUGCAGACUUUUGUGGCAAGCUCCAAGGACGCGUAUGGCCAAGUGAAGCACGAGUUCGUGCGUGUGUACUGGAAUGCUCCGAGACGUGUGAUGAACGGGAGCUUUGACGGUGGCUAUGACGACGAUCUCAUAGAGUGUGGGCCUCGCACUAAUCGUGGACAUAUCGUGCGUGCUUUCACGGCUGCUGACCGCUUGGCUGUGGACUAUGAAGACGCUGAGGAGGAGAUGAUGAUGCACUGGGACACAUACGAAGACAGCGAGGACUACCAAGACGAGGACGAAGGCGAUGUUGCUGUGCCUGAGCAGCUUAUCUGUCCAAUUACUGGCUGUCCGAUGGUGGAUCCUGUCGUCGCUGCGGAUGGACACAGUUACGAGCGUGAGGCUAUUAUGCAGUGGUUUACGACUAGCGAUAUCUCGCCUAUGACGGGCAUGCACAUGCCCACGACGCAAGUCUUCCCGAACUUCACGUUGCGCCAACUAUCUGAGGAGGUGCAGGCCGCAGCCACACGUCGUCAACAGGCCAAAAGACGCCGCCGCCGUCAGAGUGCUACACGUGCUCAGGUAACCGAGGAAACCUCGCAAGUCGAGCAUGAUCUCGAAGAUAAAGCUGCAUCCAGUGAUGGAAGCCAGGAGUGAGGGAAGCAGCCGGAAGUAGGGUUUGAUAUGUAGGUUUUUGAUAACUAUGUGUCUCCAGUAGGGAUUGGAAUUAUGAGGUCACAGGAAUAUGAAGACACACGACACUGGAAUCGAAAAGAAUGAAAAGCUUCAGUUAGAAGUACAUUCAACAUGCUCACGUCGAUUCCUCUUCUUUUGCCACACACACACA